AUGAAGAAGUUCCUGUUGUUGGGCAUAGACGGCUUCCACAUCGAUCAUGUUAGUCAGCUGGUCGUCGACGAAUUAGGAAAGUCUGAUCAUGACGGUGCGAUCUUAGUAUUGAAGGAACUGACGUCCUCUAUCAAGGACUUUAUCAACUCUCACAGAGAUUUGCGCGGGAAAGAAAUCGUACUGUUCUCAUCUCUGCGCGAUAUCGAGCAGCUGCAUGUGAAGGCGAGAGAGAUUGGUGAUUUGCACUACGUCAUUGACAACACCUUCGCUUCGCUGUCGACAGCUGGAUGUACUGAAGGACUGGCCGCAUGCGUUCAUUCCACGCUUACUGCCGCCUAUUCUAGGCAUGAGUCCGACUCAUUCACGCCUUACUGGCAGUUUUCUAGUCCGGACAGUAGCAGAUUAGCUUCAAGAUUUGAUACUGAAACGGCAAAUUUGCUCACAUUUAUGCAGUUGACAUUACCCGGAGCUCUCUCACUGUACUAUGGUCAAGAACUAGGCCUGACAGAUGUAGGUGAUCCACCCACCCCUCGGGGAAUAAUGCAAUGGUCUCCAUCUGGAAACGACCACCAUGGUUUCCUUUCAUCAGGAAACUCCAAUAUUGGCAAGCUGUUUUUCGCCGAAAGCGAAGACACUGGCGAAUCGGAUAAUUUCGAGACGCAAUACGCCGAAGAGAAUUCUCCGCUAAAGGUUUAUCAGAGGUUGGCGAAAAUGCGCCAACGUGACCAAGCACUCAUGAUUGGAAGUACUAUGAGGGACACAGUUGAUGGCGAUGUGAUUAUCUACUCGCGAUUUGUCAAAGGCGUCAACGGCACUGCUGUUGGAACGGCGUUUAUCGUGGCACUGAACUUUGGUCUGGAUGCAGCAUCAGUGGACUUCGCACACCUCAGCAGAAAUGCGUUGGUUCCUGUCAACAAGGAUCUCACUAAAGCAGAAGUAAAUGUUUUGCCGUUAUUUUCUUUCCGGUUUCAGUUCAAAUCGUCUAAUUUACAGGUUGCCGCCGUCACUCCGGGAGAAUUCAAAUAUCGGGCUCGCCAGAAAGUCGACCUCACUGGCAGUCCAGUUAUUCUUACUGCGAAGCAGGCCAUAAUGAUGAAAUUCUAA